UCGCCGCGUGCCGCGACUUCAAGCGUUGGAUGCGGGCUCGCGACGGUUGAGAUGUGAAUGACAUGCUGACGGUUGAUGGGUGCCGAUCAACGGCACAGCUUUGCUUUCCACGAUUUCCACGAACAGCAAAGAGCGGCAGUGUUUUAAAGAAGGAAGAAGGAAAUCUCUUGUGAUUUCCAGUUUGAUCCUCGCUAUGAGCGCGCGCAGGCCGCCGGAAGAGACAAUCUCCAGCUCCUACAUUUUCAAGGUGCAUUACUUGAUCGAGAGAUGCCUGCUGCUACAUAUGGAUCAAGAAGAAACCAUCGAAGCUCUGGCACAAGCGAAUGUAGACCCAGCCAUUGCUGAAAUAGUUUGGAAUGAGCUCGUCAAGGCCAACACCGAGUUCUUCGCGCACUACUUUCGAGCGAGAGAGGCCAAGCGCAGCAGCAGCAGACCCGCCGAUUCUUCUUCCAGCCGGAGCAGCAGCCCAACACCGUGGAGCUCGAGUUUAUCCGUACCAAACUUCUGUAAGGAUCAAGGCUGCUUUAGUUCGGAUACCUCUUCGGAGAAGCUUAGGAAGAAUCGCGAAUAAAGACGAUCUUUUUCGCGCUCCAGGCCUAUAAAACCGCACGAAUCCCCGUACCUGCUUGCGAGCAUACUUUCCAGAGAGGAAAGAAAUUUGUCUUUUGCCUGCAUUAAAACGGGUAGAACAAAAAAAGGAAGUCGAAUUUAAGAACCUACUUGGUCCCA